AUGAAGCAGAAAUUAAUAGAACCAAUACUCUGUAUAAAAGUCUUGGCAAAUGUUAACGUAGCUGUGCGAGCUUCGACAUUUAACUGGAAAAGCUACUCCGGCAUCAAGAUGAGUUUUUUUAAAGUUUCAGUAAAUUUGAUGUUUUUAAUAAUUAGCGAUGUUCACAGUAAAUGUUUUCAAUCUAAGACUGAUUGGCAAGAAACAUCAACUAAUUUAAGCUUCAACGGUGUUCGAAACUUUUGUAAUCUCUGUGCCAUGUCGCCUGCUUCGACCGUUCUAACAACUCCAGCAAGCAGCUCUUUCCAAGUUAGAGCAAUGGACGUGUUGCAGCUGCGGAUGAAAUGUGCAUGGACGUGUGCAUCUUCGCUGGAUUGUGUUGGAUUCAACUUUAGAGCGGAUGGAACACUUUUCAACAUUCAGGCACAUUGUCAGAUGUUCACAUACACUCCUUUGCUCUUCAUCUCAAAUGACUCCUGCAUUUAUCACGAGGCACCCUCACUUCCCAGCACAGCACCAGAGGUUUAUUUUUAUAUCUGUACGGUUCGCUCGGGAUAUGUCGAAAAUCUGAUGUGGCUGAAUACCAUAGUGGAAACUCAAAUAUCUUUGAAAGGAUUUAUGCAGUUUUGCAUUUCUCUCAAGGUGCAUCGAGAAUCUACAGUGGCUAAAUACCAUGGUGGAAGCUCGUGUGCCGCUAAGAGAGAAUCAGACCACUCUAUCCUUAUUCUUUAUAAUCUUUUCAAUUUUGUGUCGAAUGCCGUCUGUGGAUGGCCUCCAAGGUGGAAAAUCAAGCGACAUACCAGGAACUUAAAUAGUCAAAACGUUAUUGAAGUAGAGUGA